UUGGCAAUUAUUCUUGACAACAAUGCACUUUCUUUGAGAACGACAUGCACUACAUAGUAGUAUAUAUGUACAUACAUAUGUACACACGUAUAUUCGUAAGUGAAUUAUGCGAAUGGCAAUUCUAAAACAAAAAUGUCGAAAAAGAACGUCAGAGAAUGGGCGAGAAAGUUUGCCGAAACGUUGAUAAUCUUUCGACGUAGUUUAAUUUUUCAAACCAAAGAAUUUUUUCAAAAUUCCACCUUACAUGGUGUACGUUACAUAGCCGAGUCCGGACGUCCGGUGGGUGAAAAAUUUAUGUGGUUUUGCUUUACAUCAAUUGGAGCUGUGACUGCUUUAGUGAUUAUUAUGAGUUUAUGGGAGAAGUUUCAGACAAAUCCCACCAUUACGGGCUUGGACACCGAUUUCCAUAACCAAAAUGUUGUUUUCCCCACCACUAUUGUUUGUCCGGAAAUACCUUUUGAUCAUGACAAGGCCUAUGAUUUUGCGUACAGAACACUAUCGAAUUAUGACCAUCCAACAGCCACCAUGAUCGCGCCGUUUUUAGAGCUUUUGACCUCUUUGAACUUUGAUAACAUCAAUGAAGCUAAUGCACUGGCGCAGGCGAUCCCAGAAAAUGUAUUAAAGGAAAUGAAUUUGAGAGAAGCAGCAUUUAAGGCUCGCAUCAGCUGUGAGAGUACUCUGACCGAGUGCAAGUAUCGUGAUGAGCCUAUACCCUGCUGUACCCACUUUGAUACCGUCUAUACUGAGCAUGGGAUGUGUUUUGCCUUUAAUAGCCGUUUCAAGUCAGAGACGAAAGAAGAUGUCAGUGGCGCUGCACCGCAUGAUCUCUAUGAAACGGAUAAGAAAUGGGCUUUGUUCUUUAUACCAAAUGGAACCGCAAAUGUCUUUAUUUUUUCAAAUGAGGAAUAUUUUGGUCGCGAUUUUAAUGCACAAAUCGAAUGGGAAGAUAAUCAGAAGGUGGAAGCAAGAAUCUCUAAAAAGAAUACCUACACCACAGAUGAUGCUAGACAGCUUACAAUCGGUCAACGGAAGUGCAUAUUUUAUGACGAGGUCAAAUUGCAGUACUUCCCAGAAGGUUACACAUUCUCAUCCUGCAUGACAGAGUGUCGGAUGAAAAGAGCAAUCAAACUCUGUAAAUGCAAUCCACCAUUUUAUAAGCCAAUACCAAAUGCUCCCAUGUGUGGCGUAUCCCAUUUUUCAUGCUUGGAAAAGUAUAAAGUUAACAUUACAAGUAUAAAGAACUGUAUGCAUUGCGAAUUAAGUUGCUCAAAAACUGUUUUCAAUAUUGAGAAGUUGAUUAAGAGCACGGAAAAGAACGACGAUGACGGUGUUUUAGUGGAAUUUCUUACUUGGCCCAUUAUACGUUAUAAGCGUGAGGUACUCUUUGGUUGGGUUGAUCUAUUGGUCUCCUUUGGCGGCAUAGCCAGUUUGUUUCUUGGAUUCUCGCUGCUAUCGGGUGUGGAAAUUAUUUAUUAUUUUACAUUACGCGCUUGCUGCAUGGUCUACAAAAAUAGGCAAGAACUAUAUGAAAUCGAGGAGGAAAUCAAACGUCGCCCGCCACCCGCAAUCGAUCUCUCACUACGUAUUAAGCCUUAUGUUUCAAAAACUCAUCAACCUCUUGGGAACAAGGAUGAUACCCUAACUCAUAAUAACUUAAAUAGCAAUGAAAAAAAUAUCAACAUGAACAACAAACGUAAUAACUUCAUUAUGAAUGCCACACAAAAUGACAAGGAACUUAAUAGGCGACGUAAGGCCGAUAAGGACUAUACCGGUUAUUCGAAAGCACUCUACAAAUCAAAGAAAAUUAUACCGCAGUACACGGAUUCUAACAGCGACUGGCAAUAUGGACAAUAUCUACCAUGAAUUAAAUAAGUAUAAAAAAAAUAUAUAAAAAGCUGCAAUUGAUAUUACGAUAUCAGAAAACAAAAAAAAAAUAUUUGAUAAUGCAUAUAUACCAAAUCACUUUGAACAUUAAUAGUAAUCUCUAAGAUAAGAAAAGCAAAAAAAAAAAUAACAAGUGUAUCGCUAUUAAAUAGGUCGACAUGGUUAUUUGGACGUCAUUGAUAUACAUAUUCAACUUUUAAUACCUACAAAUAAAGUUAUUUAUAGAAACGUUGCACUUGAAAAAU